AUGUCAACGUCCGCGUAUCAUGUGGCAAGCCUUUUGCGACAAGACAAGAAGAGUGGAGGCAUUGACGUUGGGGAAAACACACUCGCAAAGCUCACACGGGAUGUGGAGGCGUUUUUGAGUCGUGCAGCAGAUGCUCCCCCUGUCGUGAUGGAGACGUCACACGAGGAUGGCGAUGCUGGGGCACCGGAAGUACAGCUCAGCGUUGUGGCGGGUGUCUUGGAACCACGCGAGCCUGCUAAUGACGGUACAACGGUUGAUGGUUUGUUGCUGCCAACGGAAAAGAAUCAGGCGACAUUUGACCGGCAGCGAGUGCGUGAGGCUCAGGCGAUGUUGAACCUUUUGGGGGCCCUCUCAACGAAUGGCAGCGCACCGACUGCCUCUGUGAUUGCUACACCACACCCUCAGGUCGCCGUGGAGGGUGAAGAGAUGGACAGUGUGGAAUCUGAUGCGUCCAUCGCAGUGUUUGAUGCCUACGAGCUGGAAAAUGACACGAGCUCUUCAGAGGAUGAGGGUGACGCGCAAAGGCGGCGACCGCCGCCUCGCAUCUUGGAGUUAAACUGA